GUGAAAAAUAGUUGUCAAAACAACAGUCUUCCUGUUGAGUGUGAAAAAAUACAAUAGGCAAAUAAAAAUAAAUAAAAAUCUAUUGAUUUGAUAAUAAAGAUGGAAGAUGAGACUGAAGGGAGUGGUAGUUCAUCAAAAAUACCGACUGAAUUAGAAAAUUACACGGAAGGAUCAAAUCUUCAUGGGACAGAUGAUCAAAAUUAUUUUUCUAGCAAUUCAAAACAAGAUAUAUCGAGUAUUCAGCAACAAGCACAAGGCUAUUUAAAUCAGCAUAAAAUAUAUGAACUUUUUAAUUAUCUUAUUGGACAUUUGCUGGUUGAUGAACCUGAAGAUCCACAUGAAUAUCUAUCGGAUCUUCUGACAAAAUGCCAGCUAUUUCGAUUGGGUGUUGGUGAUCCACCACUGCUUUUUACAAACCGUCAUAUUGAAAGCAUAUAUCAAUCCAUGGAUCCAUCUGGUGUUGGUAACAUUAGCCUGGAGCAAUAUAGAAUAGGCAUGAAGACACUUGGAAUCACUGAAUACGAUCAAAAACCCGUUGAGUGUGCGGAAGGUCGCGUUGACAGACAUAUCUUCCAAACGGAAGCAAAAAAAAAGCUGGUCAAUGCACUUGCUGAUCUUGUUGGUAAGUCUGAACAAUGAAAUCAUCUGAUUCUUUUUGUGAAUAAAAUGGAAAAAUAUUAUUAAU